AUGCUUGCUUCUGGUGCUUCCAGGCAACAAUUUCUGGUCAUCAACCUUCUCACCAAGGCGCUCUCGCCAGACCCGACGAAGCGACCUCCCAUGUCCGAGAUACUCGCCGUGAACGACAUGAACGAGUGCCUGCUCGAGAUCGAGACCCGGGGAGUCAUCUCGGCGGCGACGGUGUCAGCGGUGGCUGGGGGUGGACCGUCCCGAACGGCCAGCACGGACGCCGGAGAGGCUGGCGUCACCGACGACCACGGAGCGCCCCACCCGCCGCUGCCGGUGCCCGAUACCCUAGACGCGGUGUCUGGAGCUUUGGAAGGACGCGGGAGCGCAGUUCCAGACCAGGUCGCGGCCGUUGCAGGGGUAUAUAACAUCAUCAUCCCGGCGGUCAUCCCGGCGGUGGCGGUGGGCCCCGUUGUUUCGAGGGAAACAGCUGACGGUAGUGCUGCUGCUAAGGAGGAGGAGGGAGGAGGAGGCGGACGUUCAGCUCUUGCUCCAUCGGCGGCGCCAGCCACCGACGGCCCGUGGUCGACGGCAUCCCGACCCUUCCCGGGAGGUUCCGUUCCCGUAUUUAGAGUUGUUUCUGGAGGAUUGUCGUCCCACGACGGUCCCAGCGGGGGUGGUCACCAUGUCGUGCCGGUCGCAAGCACCGCAUCGGUUGUCCGGUUGCCAGUGUUUGUCGGAGUUGUUACCGGGGGAUCUGCGGCGGUGAUGCCGGGGUCUGCCGAUGCGGGAGGAGGGGUGGCGGCGACGUCGGUGGUGGGAGUGGGAGGAGGAAGAGGAGUGGUGGACAGCCAAAACGCCUCCUGCAGUAUCCGGCGAGGCUAA